CUGUGCUCGGCAACGAGUGACAGAGACUCAGUAGUGUUUUUGGCGAGAAUCUCUGUUUCUGCGAGCUCUUUUUCUAGUAACGAGAUUUUAAGACCCAAAAAAGAGAGAGAGUUGUUCUUGAUACGUGUAAAAGUCGGGUAUUGCUAUUGAUCAUGUCUUUCACUCUCGUCGGAGAGUACAUGAGUAUAAUGAGAGGCGUCACUGUCAGACAGGGAAGUUGUGCUGGCCUGUCGAUUAACUUGUCCAUGAUGAAUUAAUAUGGAGUCGCGAUAAUUUCAUGGAUCCUUUAGUUCAUUUACUCAUUUCAUACUUACUUAGACAUUACAAAAACUACUAGGUCAUCAGCACACAGCUUUACUUUAGUCAGCCCGCCCCCCUCUCCUCAACUAUCCUAAAUUUGGUUUCUCUUUUUUCAUAAUAUCAUCAACAUCGUAGCACUAGCACUAGUAUACAAUCAUUCCUCAUGAUACGCGGGGCACCUUCUUGUCUCAUUAGUUUGACUUGCUUUUUUUCUAUCUUUAUCUGUCACUGUCUCUGUCACAUCAGCGUCAUAUAUUAAUUGCUCAGUGAUCGUUGUAGAAGUGUUUUCUACCUCUUCUUGGUUUUUUAUUUUAGAGUAGGUAGCUGUUGUUCUUGUUCGACGCACAUCAAGAUGAUGCCCCCUAAGUUGGGUUCUUACAACUUGCAUGACGCUCUAGGAGAGCGCGACGCGGAAGCGCUGAGGGAUCGAAGGUCUCAAGCAUCACAUAAAUUGGGUUCCAUGACUAUUGGAUUGCCCAACGGUUUUUUCCCGGGUCACCAGAACUCACGGUACGUGCCCAUUCAGGUUGAACAAGAGAAGUCGACCGGCUCACCAGGGGUAGUCACUCGGGGAGCACAACUCGUAGGUGCAAAGAACGGGGGAGACUUGCUGGCGUCGCGACGUAAGUCAUGUGCUCUGCAGCCAGGUGCGUUCACAGCACCAGCAAUGAUACGCAUUAGCCACGUGCCACACGACGACGAUGAAGAAGAACAGAUGCUGCAGCAAGCGAAAGCUGGUUGUAAAAAUGACGCACUACAGCAAAUAGGCGGAUCUGUAAGCAAACUUGUGCAAGCAGAUGGAGAAACACCAAGAGCAGCAAGAUCGGGCGGCGGAAACAGCAACGAGCAGCAACCGAGCGACCGUCGGAAAAGCACUUACAGUACACUAAGCGGAGCCCCGAAGAUGAAAAUUCUUUCGAUAGGGCAUUCGACUCUCGGUAUUCCUGGAGGGUAUCUUUUUCAGGCUUCCAAAGUUCACCAUAUUUCAACCGAAGGCCACUGGAACAGCGCUCAUCCGGAUGCGCUACAACCCCACCCCGAGGAAGACGGAAAAUACAUCCACACUCGACUGCACACGCGGGACGCCCACCUAGGUGGGGGAGAAGGAUCGCAGAAAAUGCCAACAGGUAUCAAACACUUGUUUUGUCGUAGCCUAAGUACUCGAAAAAUGGAAAUACGCGAGUAACAAAUACAAAAACCAAAACCCAGUAUCUGAGAAGAUUUUUUGCUUGGACACUCGGUUACUUCAGUUUAUCGAAAUUGUAUCCUAUGGCUAUGUAUCGUAUUACUCCUUCUAAAGUUUUUUGCCGCUGCCGCUACCUAGUGCUAGCAGUAAAAGCUGAUGCUCCGCUCUUCGUUUAUUAUAAACUUAAACAUCCUAUUUGUUCUUGUUCUAGCAAGUCCAGCUGGCUCGAAUUUGUUCCUGCAUAUUCUGCUCACUUUUCUACUACUACACACCCUCUAUUUUUGACUGAUUUUCUCUUUCUACUAAACAAUUAUCCCACAGGACCAGCGUCGUCAUCUCCAGAGGUGUUACAACGUGGAGUCUCAAAAAUACGGGUACAGCACCAUCAUGCGACAGCGACUCAUCUGGUGCUACCAAAACGCGGCACGGAGACGUCGUUCUUGUGUGGCUAAAGGCUUUUGGAUCUCGUCAACGAUGGUCAUGGCUUGUGCAUAGAUGCUUCAAUCAUGGAAACCAAGAUAUUUCUACUACUAAAUAUGUUGAGGCAACAAGAUGAAGGACACGGCAUAUCGGACGGUAAUGUCGUCCAUCACUAUCAGGACUUUCAUGAUCAUGAGGACGACGACGUACACGGGACUUCUAUGACCAUUCGCAUUCCGAAGAAUGUUGUUGUUCAUCUUGUACGCUUUUUAUAGUUAUAUUUUUAUCUUGCUGUUGCUUCCCAAAGGGAAAGGCUGAGGAAUGAGAAAGAGUACGAUGAUUCUGAAAAGCUCGCUGUGAUAAAACAAUGUGAUGAGUUGGUGAACAAGUGUGUUCAUUUACUCAAUUGACAGUAGUUUAAGUUGUACUCUCAAGGUUCUUGAGUGCCACAGAGACGCAGAAUGAUGACUCUUACAAGUAGCACCCGCUAGCACUACAUGUAGCUGCUGCUCCCUUGCCAGAACGCGAAUCCCUUCAGAAAAUCCGCAUUGCGUUAUU